AUGCUUGGUUACAUUAUUACAUCUUUCAGUGAUGGAGACAAAAUGGCUCCAGCGGUGGAAAAAACUAUUGCUGAACUGGAAAUGGGAUUGUUGCACCUUCAACAAAAUAUUGAUAUUCCUGAAAUUACUUUGCAAGUUCACCCCUAUGUUGCUAGCCUCAUUAAACAGUGUGCUGACGAAGGGAGAAAACCAAAAGUAGCAGAUUUCAGCGACAAAGUUGAAGAUUCCAAUUUCCUGAAUCAGUUGCAACAUGGUGUGAAUAGAUGGAUCAAAGAAAUACAGAAAGUUACCAAACUGGAUAGGGAUCCUUCUUCUGGAACAGCUCUCCAAGAAAUCAGUUUCUGGCUCAAUUUAGAGAGAGCUCUUCAUCGAAUUCAGGAAAAACGUGAGAGUAUGGAGGUAGCUCUAACUUUGGACAUACUAAAACAUGGCAAGCGUUUUCAUGCUACUGUUUCAUUUGAUACAGACACAGGUCUCAAACAAGCGAUAGCUACAGUGAAUGACUACAAUCCACUGAUGAAAGAUUUCCCUAUCAAUGAUCUACUAGCAGCAACUGAAUUAGAAAGAAUUCGAGCUGCAGUACAGCUGAUUUUUGCGCACUUACGCAAGGUUAGAUCAACUAAGUAUCCCAUUCAAAGAUGCCUAAGACUUGUAGAGGCAAUUUCAAGAGAUUUGGGAACUCAGUUGUUGAAAGUUCUCGGAACUAGGAGGUUAAUGCAUAUUCCUUUUGAUGAUUUCGAAAAGGUUAUGACCCAAUGCUUUGAAGUUUUCUCAAUUUGGGAGGACGAGUAUGAGAAAUUGCAAGCUUUAUUGAGGGAUAUAAUGAAAAAGAAACGUGAUGAGCACAUGAAAAUGGUUUGGCGAAUAUCUCCGCAACAUAAGAAGCUGCAAAAUCGUAUGGACCAGAUGCGUAAGUUUCGUCGUCAGCAUGAGCAAUUGCGGACCGUUAUAGUACGAGUUUUACGACCAACCAUUAGAGAAAUAGUAGCACCAAUAGAGGGAGAGGACUUAGAACCUCCAAAAGCAACAUUUUCAUUAGAUGCGGCCGAUGCGAAUGCUAUUGAGGAGGUCAAUUUAGCAUAUGAGAAUGUGAAAGAGGUAGAUUGCUUGGAUAUAUCCAAGGAGGGACAAGAUGCUUGGGAUGCUGCUGUACAAAGAUAUGAAGAACGGAUAGAUAGGGUAGAAACAAGAAUCACAGCCCAUCUCCGUGAUCAGCUUGGAACUGCUAAAAAUGCAAACGAGAUGUUUAGAAUCUUCUCGAGAUUUAAUGCUCUCUUUGUUAGACCACAUAUAAGAGGGGCCAUCAGGGAAUAUCAGACACAUCUGAUACAAAGGGUCAAGGAUGAUAUUGAGGCCCUACAUGAAAAAUUCAAGGUACAAUAUCCUCAGAGUAACAGUGCUAAGAUCAGUAAAGUUCGUGAUCUACCACCCGUUGCUGGUUCUAUAGUUUGGGCCAAACAGAUUGAUCAUCAACUCACCACAUAUCUGCGACGAGUGGAAGAUGUUCUUGGAAAAGGCUGGGAAAAUCACAUCGAAGGGCAAAAACUCAAAGCAGAUGGAGACAGUUUUCGUUUGAAAUUGAACACCCAAGAAAUAUUCGAUGAAUGGGCUCGUACUGUGCAACAGCGCAAUCUCGGGGUUUCUGGUAGAAUUUUCACCAUCGAGGCAGUACGUUCCAAAAGCGGUAGAGGGAAUGUUUUGAAACUAAAAGUGAAUUUUCUACCGGAAAUCAUCACUUUAGCCAAGGAAGUUCGUAAUUUGAAGUGUCUUGGAUUCAGAGUGCCACUUGCAAUCGUAAAUAAGGCACAUCAGGCAAAUCAACUUUAUCCGUUUGCCAUAUCACUUAUCGAAAGUGUUAGAACUUAUGAGAUGACACUAGAAAAGAUUGAAGACAAGGCAAGCAUCAUUCCACUUGUCGCAGGCAUGCGUAAAGAAGUUCAAACUCUUAUUGCCGAGGGAAUUCAACUUGUCUGGGAGAGUUACAAGCUUGAUCCUUAUGUCCAACGUCUCUCCGAUAAUAUUGUGAGUUUUCAAGAGAGAGUCGAGGAACUUGUCAUUGUAGGAGAACAACUGGAAGUUGAUGUUAGGUCAUUGGAAACGUGUCCCUAUUCAGCGAACACUUUUGUCGAUAUCCUGUCAAAAAUUCAACAUGCUGUUGAUGACUUGUCCUUGAAACAAUAUUCAAAUCUUCAUAUUUGGGUCAGCAGGCUGGAUGAGGAGGUUGAGAAAAAUUUAGCGCGCCGCCUUCAAGCUGGUAUUGAAGCAUGGACUGAUGCUUUGAGUGGUCAGAAGAAAGAUAUAGAUCACAGCAUGGACACCGAUGCCCCAGUGCAACCUACACACAAACCCGGGGGCGAUCCACAAAUACAAAUUGUGAUUCAUGAAGUUCGAAUAACCAAUCAGACCAUGUACCUAUAUCCGAGCAUAGAAGAAGCUCGAUUCCAGAUUAUGCAACAGCUGUUUGCUUGGCAAGCUAUUGUAACUUCACAGCAACGCCUUCAAAGCAGUCGAUACCAAGUGGGAGUUGAUAAACCAGUGACUGAAACUUACCGGAAUAUCUUGACAAAACUUCCCGGAGGACCACAACCUCUGAAUAAUGCUUAUAGUGCCAUCGCUUCCAAAAUAAAAGAGGUGCAAAAAUAUGUUAAUGAAUGGUUAACCUACCAAUCUUUGUGGGAUCUUCAAGCUGAAAACCUUUAUGGCAAAUUAGGUGAAGACAUCAGUAAAUGGAUGGAGUGUCUGAAUGAUAUCAAGAAAACCCGAACUACCUUUGACACAUCAGAUACUCGACGUGAAUUUGGACCCAUUGUGAUAGACUUUGCCAAAGUACAAAGCAAAGUCUCUCUGAAAUACGAUUCAUGGCAUAAAGAAACUCUCAGUAAAUUCGGAGGACUCCUUAGUAACGAAAUGACUACCUUCCACGCUAACGUUUCAAAGUCGAGAUCUGACCUAGAACUACAAAGUAUUGAAGCAGCCAGCACUUCAGAUGCUGUUAGUUUCAUAACCUAUGUGCAGCAGCUAAAACGUAGUAUGAAAGCCUGGGAGAAGCAGGUUGAGAUAUAUAGGGAAGGUCAAAGAAUUCUGGAGCGUCAACGUUUCCAAUUUCCUACUAAUUGGUUACACGUUGAAAAUCUAGAAGGUGAAUGGGGUGCUUUUAAUGAGAUUAUCAAAAGAAAGGAUUCUAGCAUUCAGACUCAAGUGGCCAGUCUUCAACAAAAGAUUGUGGCAGAAGAUAAGGCGGUAGAAACUCGCACUAAUGACUUCCUUGUUGAUUGGGAACGUAGCAAACCUGUUGAAGGACAUUUGAGACCAGAUGAAGCACUCUCCCAACUUCAAUUAUUCGAAAGCAAAUUUGCUCGUCUCAAGGAGGAGAGAGACAAUGUAGCAAAAGCUAAGGAAGCUUUAGAAUUGCAAGAUCCUGGUGGUAUUAACAGCAGUGAAGAUCGAAUGCAGGUGGUUUAUGAAGAAUUGCAAGACUUAAGAGGAGUUUGGUCAGAAUUAUCAAAGAUCUGGCAGCAAAUAGAUGAAACCAGAGAAAAACCUUGGUUGUCUGUACAACCUAGAAAGCUUCGCCAACAACUGGACGGAAUGAGUGCACAACUCAAAGGGCUACCUGCUAGAUUGAGACAGUAUUCUUCUUAUGAAUAUGUCAAGAAAACAUUACAAACUUACACCAAAGUUAAUAUGAUGAUUGUGGAGUUGAAAUCAGACGCUCUCAAGGAACGACACUGGAAACAACUCAUGAAACAACUGAGAGUCAAUUGGGUUCUUUCCGACCUAACACUAGGGCAAGUUUGGGACGUGAAUUUACAGAAGAACGAAUCCAUUGUCAAAGACAUUAUACUCAUUGCUCAAGGAGAAAUGGCUCUGGAAGAAUUUUUGAAACAAGUUCGCGAGUCUUGGCAGACAUAUGAGUUGGAUCUUAUCAACUAUCAGAGCAAAUGCAAGCUUAUUCGGGGCUGGGAUGAUCUCUUUAAUAAGGUUAAAGAACAUAUCAAUUCGGUGGCAGCAAUGAAGCUGUCCCCUUAUUAUAAAGUUUUCGAAGAGGAAGCUCUAACUUGGGAGGAAAAGUUGAACCGCAUUAAUGCCUUGUUUGAUGUUUGGAUUGAUGUUCAAAGACGUUGGGUAUAUUUGGAAGGCAUUUUUUCUGGAAGUGCCGACAUCAAAACACUACUACCUGUUGAAACAUCAAGAUUUCAAAGUAUUAGUUCCGAAUUUUUGGGAUUGAUGAAAAAAGUUAGUAAGAGCCCAAUGGUUAUGGAUGUCUUGAACAUACCGGGAGUUCAGAGAGCUCUAGAGAGACUAGCAGAUUUACUUGGAAAGAUACAAAAAGCUCUGGGUGAAUAUUUGGAGAGAGAACGUACCUCAUUUCCACGUUUCUACUUUGUUGGUGAUGAAGAUUUAUUGGAAAUCAUCGGCAACAGCAAAAAUAUUGCCAGACUACAAAAGCAUUUCAAAAAAAUGUUUGCUGGAGUUGCGUCCAUUCUUCUUAAUGAAGACAACACGGUUAUUACUGGUAUAGCAUCAAGAGAGGGUGAAGAAGUGGUUUUCGGAAAACCUGUGUCUACCGUAGAACAUCCAAAAAUUAAUGAGUGGCUAACCUUAGUCGAGAAGGAAAUGAGAGUUACUUUGGCUUCGAAUCUCACUGAAGCUGUACAAGAUAUCAAACAAUUCAAAGAUGGCAUCGAUCCGAAAUUGUACAUGCAGUGGGUUGACAAAUAUCAGGCACAGAUCGUCGUACUUGCCGCCCAAAUAUUUUGGAGCGAAGAUGUUGAAGCUGCUUUAGUCAAAAUGAACAGCGAGCCGCAGAAGGGCCCUCUUGAAAAGGUCUUGCAACAAGUCGAGAAUACUCUCAAUGUCCUCGCCGAUUCAGUUUUACAAGAACAACCACAACUGAGAAGAAAGAAAUUGGAGCACUUAAUCAAUGAAUUUGUUCAUAAAAGAACUGUUACUCGCCGACUUAUAUCGAAUGGGGUAUGCAGUAACAAGGCCUUUGAAUGGUUGUGCGAAAUGAGAUUCUAUUUUGAUCCUCGUCAAACUGAAGUAUUGAAGCAGCUUACAAUUCACAUGGCAAACGCACGAUUCUAUUAUGGUUUUGAGUAUCUCGGUGUUCAAGAUAGAUUAGUACAGACUCCACUUACUGAUAGAUGCUAUUUGACAAUGACCCAGGCUUUGGAAGCAAGAUUGGGAGGGUCUCCAUUUGGGCCUGCCGGUACUGGUAAGACAGAGUCUGUCAAAGCUCUUGGUAACCAAUUGGGCCGAUUCGUCUUGGUCUUCAACUGCGAUGAGACAUUUGAUUUUCAGGCUAUGGGAAGAAUAUUUGUUGGACUUUGCCAAGUUGGAGCUUGGGGUUGCUUUGACGAAUUCAACAGAUUGGAAGAAAGAAUGUUGUCUGCUGUCUCUCAACAAGUACAGACUAUCCAGGAGGCUCUGAAAUCACAGAAAGAAGCUGCAGCUGAUGGAGCAGCUUCAGUGGGCAGUAUCAGUGUGGAGUUAGUAGGAAAACAAGUGAAAGUAUCCCCAGAUAUAGCAAUUUUCAUUACAAUGAAUCCUGGAUAUGCAGGAAGAUCAAAUCUCCCAGACAAUCUGAAAAAACUAUUUAGAUCUCUUGCCAUGACAACACCUGAUAGACAGCUCAUUGCUGAGGUUAUGUUGUUCUCUCAAGGAUUUCGACAAGCUGAAAAAUUGGCUUCUAAAAUUGUUCCAUUCUUCAGGUUAUGUGAUGAACAACUAUCAAAUCAAUCUCACUAUGAUUUUGGUUUGAGAGCUUUAAAAUCAGUGUUAAUAUCUGCCGGUAAUGUAAAGAGAGACAGAAUCCAACGUAUUAAAGAGACUAAGACGCAACGAGGAGAAACAAAUAUUGAUGAAGCUAGUAUUGCAGAAAACUUACCAGAGCAAGAAAUUUUGAUACAGUCGGUGUGUGAAACAAUGGUACCCAAACUUGUUGCCGAAGAUAUUCCUCUUCUGUUUAGUUUACUGAAUGACGUAUUCCCCAAUGUACAAUAUACCAGAGCUGAAAUGAAAGGUCUCAAAGAUGAGAUCAGGAAAGUCUGUGCUGAAGAAUUUUUGGUAUGUGGCGAAGGAGAUGAGCAGGGUUCUGCCUGGAUGGAAAAGGUAUUGCAACUGUAUCAAAUAUCCAAUCUUAAUCAUGGUUUGAUGAUGGUUGGUCCCAGUGGUUCAGGAAAAAGUACUGCUUGGCGUGUUCUUCUGAAAGCUUUGGAAAGGUAUGAAGGUGUAGAAGGUGUCGCACAUGUCAUCGAUCCGAAAGCGAUAAGCAAGGAGGCACUCUACGGUGUCUUAGAUCCCAACACCAGAGAGUGGACCGAUGGUCUCUUCACCCAUAUUUUGAGGAAAAUAAUUGAUAAUGUACGAGGAGAAAUAAACAAAAGACAGUGGAUCAUUUUUGAUGGUGACGUAGAUCCAGAAUGGGUAGAGAAUUUGAACUCUGUCCUUGAUGAUAACAAAUUGUUAACGCUGCCUAAUGGAGAGCGUCUCUCGCUACCUCCAAAUGUUAGAGUCAUGUUUGAGGUUCAAGAUUUGAAAUACGCCACCCUAGCAACAGUAUCUCGUUGCGGCAUGGUUUGGUUCUCUGAAGACGUUCUAUCCACCGAAAUGAUUUUUGAGAACUACAUUCUCAGUUUGAAGAACAUUCCUCUUGAAGAAGGUGAAGAUGAUAGUUUUGGAAAGACUUCAGAGUCGAAAGAUGACGUACUCUCACCCACACUUCAAGUGCAAGUUGAUGUUGCCAAUCUUCUUCAACCUUAUCUAGCUCCAGAUGGUUUAGUGGUGCGUUGCUUGGAGUAUGCCAUGGAACAAGAACAUAUCAUGGACUUCACAAGAUUGCGUGCUCUAAGUUCGUUAUUUUCAAUGUUGAACCAGGCUAUAAGAAAUGUUUUGCAGUACAACCAUUCUCAUUCAGACUUUCCUCUGUCAAACGAUUCUUUGGAAAAGUAUAUUCCAAGAUGUUUGGUUUAUUCCGUUUUAUGGAGUUUCGCCGGUGACGCUAAGCUUAAAGUAAGAUCAGAGCUUGGAGAUUUCAUCAGAUCAGUGACAACUGUGCCUUUGCCGCCGGACAACAAUAUGCCGAUAAUAGAUUAUGAAGUUACCAUUGAAGGUGAUUGGUCACCAUGGUCCCAUAAGGUUCCCCAAAUAGAAGUGGAAACCCACAAAGUAGCUUCUCCUGACAUUGUUGUGCCUACGCUUGAUACAGUUCGUCACGAGUCUUUACUUUACACCUGGUUAGCGGAACAUAAACCUCUAGUUUUGUGUGGUCCACCUGGUUCUGGUAAGACUAUGACAUUGUUUUCUGCUUUGAGAGCACUUCCAGACAUGGAAGUAGUGGGAUUGAAUUUUUCAUCUGCGACUACACCAGAAUUAUUAUUGAAAACCUUUGAUCAUUACUGUGAAUACAGAAAGACGCCCAACGGAGUUGUUUUGGCUCCUAUCCAGUUGGGUAAAUGGUUGGUGUUGUUCUGUGAUGAGAUUAACUUACCAGAUAUGGACAACUACGGAACUCAAAGAGUCAUUAUGUUCCUGCGUCAAAUAGUCGAACAGAAAGGUUUUUAUAGGGCUUCAGACCAAUCUUGGGUAGCCUUGGAACGCAUACAGUUUGUGGGAGCUUGUAAUCCUCCAACAGAUCCUGGCAGAAAACCCUUAUCUCACAGAUUUUUGAGACACGUCCCUGUUAUUUAUGUGGAUUAUCCAGGAGAAACUUCUUUAAAGCAGAUUUAUGGUACUUUUACCAGGGCCAUGUUGCGUUUGGCUCCUGGACUAAAAGGUUAUGCUGAACCAUUGACGAACGCCAUGGUAGAAUUUUAUCUUGCAUCUCAGGAUAGAUUCACUCAAGAUAUGCAGCCUCACUAUGUAUAUUCACCUCGAGAAAUGACCAGAUGGGUUAGGGGAAUAUGUGAGGCUAUUAGGCCCUUGGAUAAUCUUGCAGUUGAAGGUUUGGUUCGGCUGUGGGCACACGAAGCCUUACGGCUGUUCCAGGACAGACUUGUCGAAGAUGUCGAGCGGCGUUGGACCAAUGAAAACAUUGAUGCUGUUGCAUUGAAACAUUUUCCUUCGGCAAAUUGUGAGAAAGCAUUGGAAAGGCCCAUUCUUUAUAGCAACUGGCUUUCAAAAGAUUAUAUGCCAGUGGAAAGAGAGCAACUUAGGGAAUAUGUCAAGGCCAGAUUGAAGGUGUUUUACGAAGAAGAGUUGGAUGUGCCUCUGGUUUUGUUUGAUGAAGUACUCGAUCACGUCCUUAGAAUUGAUAGAAUUUUUAGGCAACCCCAAGGUCAUCUGCUUCUGAUUGGUGUCUCUGGUGCAGGAAAAACAACUCUGUCCAGAUUUGUAGCAUGGAUGAAUGGUCUUUCCAUUUUCCAAAUCAAAGUUCAUAACAAAUAUACUGCAGAAGAUUUCGACGAGGAUUUACGAUCAGUUUUGAGAAGAAGUGGUUGUAAAGAUGAAAAGAUUGCCUUCAUUUUGGAUGAAUCAAAUAUGUUGGACUCUAGCUUUUUAGAAAGGAUGAACACAUUGCUGGCUAAUGGUGAAGUUCCUGGAUUGUUUGAGGGAGAUGAAUAUACCACUUUGAUGACUCAGUGCAAAGAAGGUGCUCAAAGAGAAGGUUUAAUGUUAGAUUCAAAUGAUGAACUUUACAAAUGGUUCACUCAACAAGUAAUGCGUAAUUUGCAUGUUGUCUUCACUAUGAAUCCAUCAACGGAUGGACUGAAAGAUAGAGCUGCUACAUCACCAGCUCUCUUCAAUAGGUGUGUUUUAAAUUGGUUUGGAGAUUGGUCUGAUGGGGCUUUAUUCCAGGUGGGGAAGGAGUUUACCAACCGUCUGGAUUUGGAUAAACCACACUGGAAAUGUCCAGAUUUCUUUCCGGCAGCUUGUACACUUAUACCUACAACUCCUAAUCACAGGGAGGCUGUCAUAAAUGCAUGUGUUUAUGUCCAUCAAACACUUCACAAGGCAAACAGUCGAUUAGUGAAGAGGGGAAGCCGUACUAUGGCAAUCACACCUCGCCACUAUCUCGAUUUCAUACAUCAUUUCGUAAAACUCCAUAAUGAGAAACGCUCAGACCUGGAAGAACAACAACUUCAUCUGAAUGUUGGUUUGAGUAAAAUUGCAGAAACUGUUGAACAAGUGGAGGAGAUGCAAAAAAGUUUGGCAGUUAAAUCCCAAGAGCUACAAGCCAAAAAUGAAGCAGCAAAUGCAAAACUCAAACAGAUGGUGAAAGACCAACAAGAAGCUGAAAAGAAAAAAGUUCAGAGUCAAGAAAUUCAACAACAGCUGGCUGAGCAAACUGUUCAUAUAGAACAAAAACGUUCUGAAGUAAUGGCUGAUCUGGAACAAGUAGAACCUGCUGUGAUUGACGCUCAAACUGCUGUUAAGUCAAUCAAAAAACAACAAUUGGUUGAAAUUCGUACCAUGUCCAAUCCUCCAGCAGUUGUCAAAUUGGCUUUAGAAUCCAUUUGCUUGUUACUCGGUGAAAAUGCUAGUGACUGGAAAUCAAUCCGUGCUGUGAUAAUGCGUGAUAACUUCAUCAACACUGUUGUCAACAAUUUCAAUACUGAAGAUAUUAGCGACGAUGUCCGAGAAAAAAUGAAGAACCGCUAUUUAAGCAAUCCUGAUUAUAACUUCGAAAAGGUCAACCAUGCCAGUAAUGCCUGCGGCCCCUUAGUUAAAUGGGCUUGCGCUCAGAUUCAGUAUGCAGAUAUGUUGAAGAAGGUUGAACCACUGAGAGAGGAAUUGAAUUCCCUUGAAUUACAGGCUGAGACCAACCAGAAACGUGGCGAGGAAGUGAAAAAUCUUAUUAGUCAAUUGGAGCAAAGUAUCGCUUCUUACAAAGAGGAGUACGCACAGUUGAUUGCCCAAGCGCAAGCUAUCAAGACUGAUUUAGAAAACGUUCAGGCCAAAGUUGAUAGAUCUAUAGCUCUUUUGAAAUCACUUGUUAUAGAAAGGGAGAGAUGGGAGGCCACGAGUGAAACAUUCAGGUCUCAAAUGUCUACUAUCAUAGGUGACGUUCUUCUUUCUGCCGCUUUCAUAGCUUAUGGCGGUUACUUUGAUCAGCAUUACCGUCAGAACUUAUUUACCACCUGGUCACAGCAUCUGACGUUAGCAUCUAUUCAGUAUCGAGCAGAUAUAGCAAGAACGGAAUAUUUGUCCAAUCCUGACGAAAGGCUCAGGUGGCAAGCCAAUGCACUUCCCACCGAUGACUUGUGUACUGAGAAUGCUAUAAUGCUAAAGAGAUUCAACAGAUAUCCGCUGAUAAUAGAUCCAUCGGGGCAGGCUACAGAGUUCAUAAUGAAUGAAUUCAAAGACAAGAAGAUCACAAAAACUAGUUUUCUGGAUGACUCCUUCAGAAAAAACCUCGAGUCUGCUUUACGUUUCGGAAAUCCUCUACUUGUGCAAGAUGUCGAAAAUUACGACGCUAUUCUUAAUCCUGUAUUGAACAGAGAACUCAGAAGAACCGGAGGCAGAGUGUUGAUCACGCUUGGAGAUCAGGAUAUCGAUUUAUCACCGUCAUUCGUAAUUUUCUUGUCCACAAGAGAUCCGACGGUAGAGUUUCCUCCCGACAUAUGCUCUCGUGUCACCUUCGUCAACUUUACUGUCACCAGAAGUUCAUUGCAGAGUCAGUGCUUGAACCAGGUGCUCAAAGCAGAAAGACCUGAUAUAGACGCCAAACGUUCAGAUUUAUUGAAAUUGCAAGGGGAAUUCCAUUUGCGUUUGAGGCAGCUAGAAAAGUCUUUAUUGCAGGCUUUGAACGACGCAAAGGGUAAGAUUUUGGAUGACGAUAGUGUAAUAACUACUUUAGAAACCCUCAAACAAGAGGCAGCUGAAAUUGGACAGAAAGUUGAGGAAACUGACAAGGUUAUAUCGGAAAUUGAAACUGUUUCUCAACAGUAUUUGCCUUUGUCGCAAGCAUGUAGUAACACGUACUUUACCAUGGACAGCCUCAACCAAGUACAUUUCCUUUAUCAAUAUUCACUUAAGAUGUUUUUGGAUGUGUUUGGAAGUGUACUUCAUAACAACACAAAGCUGGAUGGAGUUUCGGACUAUCAGGCAAGACUGAAAAUUAUCACCUCCGAUUUGUUUUCGGUGGUGUAUGAACGGGUAGCAAGAGGUAUGCUUCAUAAUGAUCGACUAACCUUUGCCAUGCUACUAUGUAGAAUUCAUUUGAAAGGAGUGCCCUCUGAGCCGAAUUUGGAUCAGGAGUUCAGUUUCUUCCUUAGAGGCAAAGAAGGAGUAUUCCAUAAUACAAGUGGAAUUUCUUUGGACAGUUUGACCAGUGAACAACAAGAAGCCAUUAUUAGACUUUCGUUGAGGCUUCCUGUAUUCAGGAAGUUGCCUGAAAAGAUCAAAGAAAUGCCAGAAUUCAGUGCUUGGUUGCAACAAAGCACUCCUGAGCAGGCUGUGCCUCAACUUUGGAUCGAAGAGAAGCAAUUGAGUGCGAUAGGAACUUCCAUGUAUCAGCUUCUUGUUAUUCAAGCAUUCAGACCAGAUCGUGUGAUUGCCGCAGCUCAACAUUUUGUUUCUACAGUACUCGGAACAGAAUUCAUGUAUCAAGCUGAAAAAGAAUUGGAUUUAUCUUCCUGUGUCGACAAAGAAAUCAGAUCAAAUGUACCUGCUCUGCUCUGUUCAGUUCCUGGGUUUGAUGCUUCUAGCCGAGUUGAUGAUUUAGCAGCAGAACUCAACAAGCAAAUAUCGAGUAUUGCAAUUGGUUCAGCUGAAGGAUUCAACCAGGCUGAGAGGGCGAUCAAUAUGGCAUGUAAAACUGGAAGGUGGGUAAUGCUGAAGAAUGUCCAUUUGGCUCCUCAGUGGUUAGUGCAGCUUGAAAAGAAACUUCACUCACUUCAACCUCAUGCCAGCUUCAGGUUAUUCUUAACAAUGGAAAUCAAUCCGAAACUCCCUGUCAAUCUUCUCAGAGCUGGAAGAAUAUUUGUUUUUGAACCACCACCGGGUAUUAGAGCUAACCUUCUCAGGACAUUCAGUACGGUUCCAGCCAGCAGAAUGAUGAAGGCUCCUAGUGAAAGGGCCAGACUAUAUUUCCUUCUAGCUUGGUUCCACGCAAUUGUUCAAGAAAGGUUACGUUAUUGUCCAUUAGGUUGGGCAAAGUAUUAUGAAUUUAGUGAAUCGGACUUAAGAGUUGCCUGUGAUACUUUGGAUACAUGGAUUGAUGCUACUGCUAUGGGAAGAACUAAUUUGCCACCUGAGAAAGUACCAUGGGAUGCUUUAGUCACUCUACUUUCCCAGUCCAUAUAUGGCGGUAAAAUUGAUAAUGAUUUCGACCAGAGGCUUUUACAUUCCUUUUUGAACAAACUUUUCACACCAAGAAGCUUUGAAGGAGAUUUCGCGCUUGUCGCUAACAUUGAUAAUGGUCCUGGUGGUAAUCGUCACAUCACAAUGCCCGAUGGAACGAGAAGGGAUCAUUUCUUAAAAUGGAUUGAAAGUCUUGCUGAUCGUCAAACACCGGCUUGGUUGGGAUUGCCAAAUAAUGCUGAAAAAGUGCUGCUGACUACUAGAGGCACUGAUUUAAUUGGGAAACUAUUGAAAAUGCAGCAGUUGGAAGAUGACGAUGAGCUGGCUUACUCUGUCGACGACAAUUCUCCCACAGACCCGGCGCAAGUGGACGGUCGACCGUCUUGGAUGAAAACUCUGCACAACAGUGCUUACACUUGGGUAAAACUGUUGCCAGACUCUUUACAGACGCUCAGGAGAACCGUGGAAAAUAUUAAAGAUCCUUUAUAUAGGUAUUUCGAGAGAGAGGUGAAUUCAGCGUCUAAACUUCUCACAGAUGUUCUUCACGAUUUGAAUGAUGUAUUGCUCAUUUGUCAAGGAGAAAAGAAACAAACCAACUAUCAUCGUACUAUGCUAGGUGAAUUGGUGAGAGGGAUCAUACCUGUCAACUGGCACCGUUAUACUAUACCAAAAGGAUGUACAGUUAUACAAUGGAUUACUGAUUUCAGUCAGAGAGUUAAACAGUUGCAGCAAGUGUCCAAACUUGUUUCAACAUCUGGUGCAAAGGAACUACAGAGUUUUCCAGUUUGGUUGGGAGGAUUAUUGAAUCCAGAGGCAUACAUUACAGCUACAAGGCAAUGUGUGGCCCAAGUUAAUAGUUGGCCACUAGAAGAGCUCCAUCUGGAUGUAACCAUAGGAGAUUCUACUGAUAAAUCUUCUAUUCCCAGUGACUGCUUUGCUGUCGUUGGUAUCAAACUGCAAGGAGCACAGUGUCGAAAUAACCAACUCCUUUUAACAUCUAGCAUUAUGAUUGAUUUGCAUAUUACUCUAUUCCGUUGGGUAAGAAUCACUGGAGAUGAAAAGCUCAAAGAAAGCAAGCUAUCAUUACCACUUUACUUGAACUCCACGCGAACUGAGCUGUUAUACACAGUUGAGCUUAAUAUUGCAGCAGGUCAAGAUCCUCACAGCUUUUAUGAAAGGGGUGUUGCGUUACUUAGUUGUUGUUAUAAGAAUUGA